AUGCCAACUGUCUUCACCGUGAAAUGUGACGGCCCUGGGGAUGCUUGCCCCUCGUCGCGUGAUCAAGUGACAGCGCGCACUUGCCUAGACGGGUGCCCCACCUUCUACGCCGCGUCCACUCCGCAACUUGCUGUAGCAAACAUCUCGCAUCUCGCCAUCACAACGUUGCGGGUCCAUUACUAAGUGCUCGCCAGAGCUUCCACAACUACAGCGGUGUAUCUCGACUCGGAUUAAACCGAAAACAUGCCCGCUAACGAUCCCUGGUUAUGGACAGUGGAUGACCUCGUUGCAGAAGUAUGUCAUUCUAACGCGCUGUUCAUAGCAGCAGGUUGUUCCGUGCCACACACCCCCGACUUCACGAGGCUCGAAGAACAGAUCCGUAGUCGAGGAGUGACGGGUGAAGCCUUUCUCACAGCCUUGAAUCACAACGCAAUCGUGAAGAGAAACGAGCUCAACAUCCCGCGCCUGCGUCAACGAGAGGCCCUGAUGUCAGUUGUUGAGUCACUCCGGCUUCGCUCCUAUAUCUACAAGCAGCACACGGCCACUACAGGUGUUGAUUUGCUUGAGAUCACCAGCGCAGAUAAUUCACCAUCUGCACGCUCAACUGGAAUCUCCAACGAUGUUGCCGUUGCAGAUGAAUCAGGUCGCAAGCGGAGAAAGAUUACACAUCUCUCAACAGCGCCACUGCAGAAUACGCAUCCAGAUUCUCAUUCCCAACAAACAACAAACACGGCAGCCAUCGGGCCCUCACAUCCAGCGCCAUCAAACACAGACGAGUAUGCUCACCUACUCAGAUGGCAGAACGUGGUUGGAGGCGAACACAUCAUAGACUUGCUUGACGAGGACGAGCUACAAGAAGGUGAAAAUUAUGGACUAGGGAAUGUUGCUGAGGAGGAUUCUCGAUCCCUUGAGGAUGACGAUGACGAUGUAGUGGAAGAACCAAGCAAGCGGACCAAGCUGAGUCAAGAUGAGAUUGUCGAUAUCAUCAACGAGCGAAUUGCGUUCUACACAAAUACCUGGAAGCCAAACAAGGGUGUAACCCGUGGCGAAGAGGUGGGCUAUGACCCUGUCACCAUGUGGAAUGAAGCAGAGGUUGAAGGAGAGCGAGAAGUCCUGGCGCAGAAAUACGAGACAGAUCGUAUAUAUUAUAGGUCAAGACUGGACGGAUUGUGCGACCAAAUCGUCAAUUUUCCAGGAAGCAAUGCAGAGCAAAUACGGCGACAAUGCAGCAACCUUGAGGUUACGAUCGACUCUAUGGAGUUUGCGACUUGGUUACGCGACAUCUACAAGCUGGAACCCGUUGAUGACAGCGAUGAAGAGCAAGUGCCCGACGAUCAAGACAUCGCUGUCGCGCGCGACCAACUGAACCUACGACGAACUACAUCAGCUCUUCAAGUAGAGUCGGGUAAUGAGAUCAUUGAUUUGGGUUCACCCCCAGAGUCCUCAGACAUCGACGAUGGAAACGCAUUGCCGGUUGGAAGUAACAACAGUGCCCAAGCCGAUCCAGUCGAAGUCCUGACACGAUCGUCCACGCGAGACUCAGUCAUCGCUGACAGCGUAGAGCCAACCGUGUAUGCGCACCCAAGCCUUCUUGAACCAGACUGCGGGUUGACCGCCCGUAAACCCAUCAACCAUGGGGAUGAGCCCGAGAACGCCUCGAUCGCCACAGUUCGCCGUUGGAAAUGGCAAGACUUGGUCGAGCAUCUUGACCGCAAGCGUGUGGUCUCCAAAGUCAUCCACGAAAUGAAAUACAAUGAUCGCGAAGUGAUCCGUAACCGGAUACGGCUUGUUGGAAAGACGAAUCUGAUCAAAGAGAUCCGAGCAUGCAUCGGCAUGUUAUGCAGAAGAGAAACGAAGCUGCAGGGCGUCCUUCCUCGAGAUAUGCCAAAGAUUCUUACGUUCACGAAGCUGUUUCUGUCUUGGUGGUUCUGUAGCAACUACUCCCGUGAACCCGAUGCAUCCAGGAAAGAUCUCGAAGAGCUGAAAAUAUGUAUGGAUAGCGGGGCCGCCGAGACAAGCACAUUCUACGACUAUGUGUAUACGAUUAUGGGGACGACGUUCAGCGAAAAGGCUCUGCAGCAUCCUGACCAGCCAUCUCAGGCCGAGAUCAUCGAGAUUUCCGACGAUGACUGAACCAGCGGCUUCUUUUGUCAAGCAUUUGUUCUUCAGAAAGGGCCGUUUUGCAGGAAGGUCUAGGCCUAAGGUCUGACAGGCUGCUUAUAAAAUGUU